AUGUCGACGAUACAGAACCUUAAGAACUUCAUCCGGCAUGGCAAGCAGGCACGGGACGGCCGCUCGCCUCCCCAAGACCAGGCCACCACACACGUCUCCAAUGUCCAUGCUCAGCAGCAGCGCUUCAACAACAAUAACUAUGGUGGAGCCGCACAGCAGGCACACCAACAAUAUGGAAUGAGCGAUCCGAAUGUGCAGGCACAUCAGCCGCUGCAAGCAGGUGGCCACCAUCAAGAUGCCUACUCUACGGCCGCCGUGGACAACCGCAACCAGGCUGCCAAGGCUGGGAACGCCGCUGCCGCCGCGAUCGACGGUCAGCACAAGAAGGAACAGAAACAGAAAGAUUACGACCCCUCUGUACUGGAGCGGAUAGUAGCAGAAGAACGCGAAAGCAAGGGCAAACUUCCUCGCUAUCCUGGACUGGAGCGCUGGCAGUUAGUUGAGAAGAUGGGCGACGGUGCCUUCAGCAAUGUGUAUCGUGCCAAGGACAACAACCAUGUCUACGAUCAGGUCGCGAUCAAGGUCGUGCGGAAAUUCGAGAUGAACUCCACUCAGGGCGUGCUUCACCCGGAAUAUGAGAAGAAAGCGCCAAAGGGCGUGGAGCGAGCGAACAUCCUCAAAGAGGUCCAGAUCAUGCGCCAGCUUGAUCAUCCGAACGUUGUCAAGCUCGUCGAUUUCUCAGAGUCUCGACAAUACUAUUACAUCAUCCUUGAGCUUUGCCCUGGUGGUGAGCUGUUCCAUCAGAUCGUUCGCCUGACGUACUUUAGCGAGGAUCUUUCUCGUCAUGUCAUCAAGCAAGUCGCGGACGCUCUGAUCUACUUGCACGAAGAAGCUGGUGUCGUUCACCGUGACAUCAAGCCCGAGAAUUUGCUUUUCUAUCCCACUCCGUUCAUUCCAACGAAGAACCCCAAGCCUAAGGGCCCCGAGGACGAAGACAAAGCUGACGAGGGCGAGUAUAUCCCUGGAGUUGGCGCUGGAGGUAUCGGUCAGAUCAAGAUCGCAGACUUUGGACUUUCCAAGGUCAUCUGGGACAGUCAGACCAUGACGCCAUGCGGUACCGUUGGCUACACUGCCCCUGAGAUCGUUAAAGACGAACGUUACUCAAAGAGUGUCGACAUGUGGGCGUUGGGAUGUGUACUUUACACGCUCCUCUGUGGCUUCCCGCCAUUCUAUGACGAGAGCAUUCAAGUCCUUACCGAGAAGGUCGCCCGAGGACAGUAUACCUUCCUGUCACCCUGGUGGGAUGACAUCUCAAAGUCCGCGCAAGAUCUUGUGUCACAUCUACUUACAGUUGACCCGGAUAAGCGCUACGAUAUCAAGCAGUUCCUCAACCAUCCCUGGAUUCGCAAAUCUAGCGAAGAGACCAUGGCAGCUGCCGACGCCCCUCCUCUUGCCACUCCUCUGCAUGCUCGACAAGGCCAAAUGUCUGCUGGGGAUGGAGCAUUGAAGCCAGAUUUCGGGUAUCUCGAAUCUCCCGGCGCCAACCGACGUAUGGAUUUCCGUUCACCCGGCGCUGUCAAUCUCCGCGAAGUCUUUGAUGUUGGUUACUCCGUACAUCGCCAAGAAGAGGAGAGCAAGCGUCGGAAAAACUUCAAACAAGGCUACCGGGGCGGCAACCCAAUGAACUCGCUCAAUGCCCUUGACGAAGACUAUCUCGAUGAUGACGAUGACGACAGCAUGUCGCAGCCGUACGACCCAAGCAUGCAGAAUCCGCCGGCGAAGCUGCCGAAGUCAGGUGCUGCACCGGAUGUUGGAGCUGUAGAAAAGCAGAUGCGAAACACAAGCCUAUCAGCCGCCGCACAGGCCCGCCAGCAAGCCGCUCCGCGCGCAGCUCAGCCCCAGCAGCGGGGCUAUGGUCAGCACUCUCCGGAAGUGGCCGCCGCUGCGAAGCGACAAGUGCGCAACAAACCUGGAGCCUUCGAGCUCAGUCUCGACAAUGCCACCCUUCUUGGACGCCGUGGCAAGAAGGAACCGAGCGGCCUGCGAGAGCAGGUUGUUCAAUGA